AUGUCCGGCAACCAGGGCGACCAGAACCAGCAGUUCACGAUCCAGCCGCACCCGGCCACGACGAACGACCCGCGCGACCUCGUUGGCGAGGUUCAGGGCGGAGCCAACGCUUUCAACACGCCGGGCAUCCAGCAGAUCCCGGACAAGGUUGCCGCCGCCCUCGAGAAGCCCAAGACCCGCGACGAGCUUGAGGCCCGCACGAAGGAGCUCAACAAGUAG